AUGUCUUUGCUCGACAAGGUUCCCGGCGACCUCAAGCUCUAUAUCGGAGGUAUCUUUACUUUACGUCGCAAAGAUCAACUCGCUGAGGCCGGCAUCACGCAUGUAUUAUCUGUGUUGAGGCUACCGCUAGAGGAGAAGCUGUUUGAAGGGUACAAGCAUAUGGUGGUCGAAGUCGACGAUGUUGAAGAUGAGAAUCUGCUUGAGCACUUCCCAGCCGCUACCAAAUUUAUCGAGGAUGGUCUUGCUUCUGGAGGUGCAGUUCUUGUACACUGUGCAAUGGGAAAAUCACGAUCUGCGACAUGCGUCAUUGCGUAUUUGAUGCAGAAAUACCACAUAUCACCUUCCGAAGCUUUGGAACAAAUACGACAGAGCAGACCGCUUUGUGAGCCUAACGAAGGAUUUAUGAAGCAGCUGGAACUCUAUCAUGAGAUGCAGACACCCGAGAAUGUGGAGGAUACACCGACAUAUCAGCGUUGGAUCUACCAGCGCGAGGUAGAAAUGAGUCGCGCAUGUGGGCAGGCACCAGAGGCAGAGAAGAUUCGCUUCGAAGAUGAGCAUGUAGUAGCAAAAGACGAAAGUGGUUUUGACAUGCGGUGUCGAAAGUGCAGGCAAGUCACGCAUUCUUUGGCAUCUUCGACCUGGAGUACUGACAGGAUCGGUAGACACACCCUGGCAACUUCGCAAUUCUUGAUCCCGCACCAGGCUCAACGCGGUCCGGCUGAUUCUUGUACGCACUACUUCCUAGACCCUCUAUCCUGGAUGAGACCGGAACUGGAGAAGGGGGAAGUGGAGGGCAGGUUGGAAUGCCCCAAUGCCAAAUGCAAAGCCAACGUAGGCAAGUAUGCAUGGCAGGGCAUGCGAUGCAGUUGUGGAGAGUGGAUAGUGCCGGCUAUCAGUCUGUCAAAAGGCAGAAUAGAUGAGGCGAAGAAGCGGGUUGUUGAUCCUAGCGCUAUGGGCAUUCGUAUGCCGGCAACGGCUGUCCCAGUCCCAAGAGGUCCAGGACACAACAAUCUCUAA